AGCUUUGACACUUCGAUCCGUACAUAAAUACAAAAUCUCUGUAUGUGGCCAACUUUACUGAUGGCUAGUGGCUGGUUCCGCGCUGCAAGAACGCUGGCAGCUGAAUACUAAUCGACCGAGACAGUGACAAAUUUGGCACUUUUCAGGCCACUUAUGUGGUGUCCUUCGUUGGUGCAGAUUUCACGGUAGAGUUAAGGGUAGGAAAAUACGUGUGAUUCCGCUCCGCACAGGGCUUGUUGUGUGGAAGUGGAGUGCAGUUUCGUUGUUCAGGAAGAAUCCUCGUCGAAGUGUACGGUUGGUUACGGUAAGCACACCACCACGUCCGAUGGGAAAAUACACCCAGAGCUCUAAUCUGAGCAAUCAUCGGAACUUGGAGCAGGUGAGCAACGAUUUGAUUCAGGAGUGCAAGUCCUGCAUCGAGCACAGCCGUCUGUCCAAGUGCCUCCGGGAGCGACUGGAAAGCUUACCGCGCCAUGUCCGCAAGGAAGUGGUCAAGCGAACGCGCGAUGGCUGCUCACCACUGUUCAUCGUGUGUCGCAGAGGCAACGUCGAAAUUACCGAAUAUCUGAUCACUGUCUGUGAUGCCAACAGCGAACAGAAAGGUCUGUACGAGGUAUCCGAGGAUCGGUCCGUGCACUGCGUCACCCCGCUGUGGUGUGCCUGCGUAUCCGGAAAUCUUCCGGUUGUCAAAUGUCUCGUUCGUCUAGGAUCCAACAUCAAUGCUCUCUCGGACACCGGUUCCACACCGCUGCGAAGUGCCUGCUUCAUGACACACAUUGACAUUGUUCAAUACCUGGUGGAAAACGGAGCCGACAUCCGGAAGCCAAACUACAACGGGGGUACUUGUCUGAUUAAUUCGGUGCAAUCGGUACAAUUGUGUAGCUAUCUGAUCAGCAAAGGGGCAGAUGUGAACGCUCGCGACAUUCAGGACAAAACUGCCCUUCACUACGCGAUUCAGGAGCACCGCCUAGAAACGGCUCAGCUGCUGUUGGAACAUGGAGCGGAUCCGUUCGCUAAGAGUCGCUAUGGAGACGAUGCUCUGCAGACGGCCUGCCUUAAGGGAGCUCACCAGAUUUUCGAUUAUCUCAAAAACCGGAUCAACUACUCGUCGGAACGGUUGGCCGAUGCUCACGAACUGAUCGGUUCUACCUUCAUCGAUGAUCAUAAUGAGACGCGGGUUGCUAUCCUGCACUGGCGGUUAGCUCACCAUAUUCGUCUGCGGGAAGCUAAUUACAUCCGAAAGAGGCCUGAAGUUCCUCCGCGAGCGGCUUACGGAAACGCUGUCGAAUUUUCCACCAUCGCUGAGCUGGACAAUAUUGCAGCGGACGUGGAUGCAAUGCGAAUUCAGAGUUUGCUCAUCUACGAACGGAUACUGGGGAUCGACCACAAAGAUACGCUAUUCCGACUGAUGUUCCGUGGUGCUUCCUAUGCCGAUUCCUUACGCUUCCAGCGAUGUAUCGAUUUGUGGCUGUUGGCGCUUCAGGUUCGGGUGCAAAAAUAUUCCAUUCUAUAUUCGGAUACCUGUCUGACGGCGCAGGCCAUCGUAAGGAUUAUGCUGGAUCUGUUGGACAAGUAUGUGGACGUGAUGCCAAACGAAUUCGUGGAGCAAGGGAUGCCACGGUUCGAGGAUGUAUACGACGUGUUUCAGGUGUUGACUUCCAACAUCAACGGGGCUCGCCAAUUGCUCAACAUCCGGCCGGUGCACCGGAAGCAGCAGGAGAAUUUCGAUCGGAUCCUCAAAUGUCUUACCCAUCUGAUGUAUCUGUUAGUUGCGACAGCGAAGAGUGAAGAUGAGCGGGAACUGGUGAACGAAUCCGUCCGGACGUUGGUUCGAAACAACAUCCGAAGUGCUAUUACCAACGACACACUGCUACAUCUGUCCGUUUCGCGAUUGAACGUGAUCAAGAGUGGCUACUUUACCGAUGACAGCAGUUUGAGGGUAAUCUUUCCUAAUCAGAACGUGGCGAAGCUGCUGUUGGAAUGCGGGGCUCACGUGAAUGCAAAGAACGAAAGCAAAUCAACGCCACUGCUGGUGGCGUCGAUGCCGUACAACUACGAGCGAGAGCUCGUCUACAUGCUGCUCGAGUACGGUGCCCACCUGGAUCAGCCGAAUCGGAACGACGAUCGGCCGAUGUCACUGAUUGCGAUUAAUCCGGUGAACGAUAUUCCGCUGGUCAACUACAUUACGCUCAAGUGUCUAUGCUCGACGGUGAUCACCAAGUUUGGCAUUCCCUACCGCAACCAGAUCCCCCGUACGCUGGAAGACUUUGUCCGGUGGCACGAACCGUAGUGACGAACUCUCCGGCGCGGUUUCUUCCCGCCUGCUUCGGUGUAAACUGUGAGGUACGCUUUUCGUUCAACGUUCACUACACGCAGACACAUACACACCACUCUGUUUCCGUUUAAUCUCCCUCCGCGCACAUGUCGAACUGAUCCACCUUCAGUUGUUCUUUGCUUUAAUUUUUUUUUCUAGUGUAAUCAAUCAAUGCAUCGUAUGAUAAUAUGGUUUCUAUGGGAGAACCGAGAUUAUAUAGAAGUUGUAAACUGACUAUCCGGCACUAAGUUUAAAAAGAAAACUAUGUUGUGCUAGGUUCGUUUUCAAUAUGGUUAAAACCAGACUAUAUUUUGAAUUCGGUCGAUUUUACAGACGAUUACGUUACUGUCACUAUGCAGGUUCAAUCGAACUGUCAAUUUUCAAGCACUGUGAAUAACUAUAGUAUUUACCGAAAGUAUUGAUCCAAUCUAUUUAGAUAAUUAGCUAUACGAAUCUGUAGGGCAGGUACGGAACCGCAGAACAGAAGGGGCAUUGCCGUUUUGACGGAAUACUGAAAUAUUAUUUGGUCGGUUACAUUAUUACAGAAUUUGCCAUUAGAACAUGCUUUUAUUAACCAUUGCGUGUCGCAAAAAAAAACAUCAUCAACGGUGUUAUUGGGGUUCUAUCACAUUCGCCCGAAUGACAUUCGCCCGAAAGUCAUUUACCCGAAUGACGUUCGCCCGAAAACCAUUUACCAGAAUGGACUAUUUACCCGAAUGUCAUUAACCCGAAUGGACCAUUUACCCGAAUGCCAUCAACCCGAAUGGAGCACUCGCCCGAAUGUCUUUAACCCGAAUACCACAUUCACUCAAGCAUAAUAUAAAAUCGGUAAUUGUCUAGUUUAGUGACUGAGCGGCAGCGAAGUCGGACAGUGCACCAGAAAGCGAUGUGGCGUAGCCACAUUAGUCAACCGUACACUGACCACUGUGGCUAUGCGCAUCGCUUUUAGGUGUACUAUCCGACGUCACUGAGGUUCUGUUUCCAACGCCACAAAUGCUCUUCAGGUGCAAACUGAUGCAUAUAGGACGCAGUUGUCAGCUCGAGCGGUGAAAUCUUGUGAUAAAUCGGACAAAAUAAUAAGAAAUCUUUUGGAAACAUCAUCAAUCGAGGUAAAUAUAUAUUAAGAUGUUCCGUUAACAAGUUGAAUCAAUUAAAUUAGUAAUUAUAUCAUGCAGGGUGGAAGUCCAUUUGGCAUAACGUCGUUAGUAAAUAGUAGCCCAUAAGGGUUAUGUGGCGAAGCUAGUGUGAUGCGGUUUUGCCACAAUUGACGAGGUCGAGGAACCGAAGCGGAGGUUCCUCCUCAGCAAACCUGUGAUCCAUUGGUAUGCUUGGUUUACUGAAACAUAGGGGCUGAUUCCUUCUUUAAAUAUGAGCAGUUCUUUGAGUUUGUAUACCAAAUAGCCCUCGCAAUCAAACCGGUGAUCCACUCGUUUGCCCGGUUUACUUACACUUAGGGAUUGAUUCCUUCUUUUAAACAUGAGCAGUUCUUUUCCCACAAUUAAGGGUUGAUUGCUUCUUUCAAACAUGACAAAUCCUUGGAUCUGCAUGCCAAAUAAGUUUGCAAAGAAACUAUUGAUCCAGAGGCGACGCGUGGUUUCACCGUCAACCUGUUCAAUAUAUCACAAAGGCCCACAAAACGUCACAAACAUCUUUAAUUUGACUGCAUGAGACGUUUUAGAUCAACUGAUUAUUUCUUGUUUAUCUCUUCUGACGUUACGGGGGUUGACGGGAUUCUCUGUUCGAAAGAGCUGAGUAAAACAAAUUUGUUGCCAAAGCCCACCGGUAAAUUGUCAAACAAACGUCUUGUAGAAUGCUUAAAAGAAUGAAAAAUAUAUAACAUACCCGAGAAGCGAGCAAUUUAAAAGAUAUCUAAACUAAAAUUUAAGAAAAACAAUCAUGUAUAAAAGUAUCAUCGAAUAGAGUUAAAAUAAUCGAAGCUCUUUUUGAACGGCUGAAAACGCUUAUAUUGUGGCAGGGCCUACUUUGAUACGUUUGAAUAUUAAAUAUGAUCAAUUUUCACUCAAUGAAUUCGAAUAUUUGUAAAUCUAUCAUUGAAUAUUUAUAAAUCAUGACAUGAUAUGACUUAACUUGAAAUGUAGAAUCUUAUGUUCUACACACCAAGAAAUAAUCGUCGUUCUGUAUAAGAAUGAUUGAAAUAUUUGUCAUCCGGCUUAAAGUCAUCCCUUAAUUCUUUCAAAUGGGAUAGAAAUUUGAAUGUGCCUCAUGCAAUUCGUUGAAUCCAGAAAACAAUAUUUUUCUCAUAAAAUAUUGUUGGCAUGAGACAUCCAACAUCAACCCGUUCAUUAUUACAAUAGAACGCGAAAUCAUUCGAACAACCCUUGAUUUGGAUUUAUGUCCAUUUUUCACUCUCAGUAGACAAGUUUUCAACAUGUAAAUGCAAAGAGCAAACAAUUUCUUUGAAGUAAAAGUAGACGGUUCAUUAUUAUCGUUGAACCAACGAAAUACAUACACGCCUAAAACCAAUAUGCCCCAAGUGCACCAACAUUUGUUUAGGCUACCAAAGAAAACAUGCGUUUGACCGACUGUUAUGAACGUACGGCGACACGCGCUUAAACAUUAUAAGCCACUCUCGUUUGCACACAACUCAUAUGGACAUCGCACCAAUGAACGCUGGUUCAAUAUUUGACUUGAACCGGUGCAAAACGAAAUAGAAAAAGCCAUCGCAUAUGACACUCACGCUACUGUUCCAGCCGUCGCUCAUGCAGCUGCUCUAUCCAUUCUAGAGCAUGCGGGGAGACUACGAGAUGCGUGCAUGUUUGAGGUUGAACCGAUCAUGGGUAGACAGAUUUUUUGAAAUUUACCUGCUUGAUAUGAUGGGUUGAUUUAUCGUUCGGAUCAAAUUGUCGAACUUUCAUAUAAAUGAAUUUGCGUGCUGCUGUUGUAGUUUUAUUUCAACCUUCCGGCAGUGCACGCUGCUCUGAAAAUCUAGCGAAAUCAUUUUAGAGCAGCUGCGGCUACUCGUUCAGUGUGCCAUUUGCGCGACUUCCGGAGGAUUAACUAAAAAUGGGUUUCGGGUCGUCAGAUUUCGCUUACCCGUUCAAUGAACAGGUUGAACGUGCCGACGCGUCGCCUCUGUAUUGAUCCACUCGUCUGCCCGGUUUACUCAAACAUAAGGAUUGAUUCCUUCUUUCAAAACAAGAGCAAUUUCUUGAAUCUAUAUACCAAAUAGCUCUCUACGUAAUAUUGGAUUUCGAGACAGGAUGAUUCUUCCCCCUAAUUCACGGAUGAUUCUUCCAUCUAAACCGAAGUUUUUCUUAAAAAUAAAACAACUUGGUCGUCAGACAAAAUAUUCGGAAGAACACCGAAUACAACUAAUUUACAAAGAAGUUGUUGCUUUGACUUUCUUGCCCCAUCGAGGUACUCCAAUGGCACUCGAAGAAUUGAGGAAAAGUUGUUUAAAGACUCUCGACGAUUUUUUGGAUUACAUUAGUAAAAAUUGUAUUUUUGGUAGGAAGGAAACUAAUCAAAAAGUUUCUCGAUAACCCUUCUUUGCCCCCCGCUUCGUGGUCAGUUUUCGAAAAUGUAUCGACAAAGUUUCCUAGAACCACCAAUAAUGUGGAAGACUAGCACAAUAAAUGGAACGGUUUGUUAAGCCGUGGAAAUUCUAUGGUGUGUUGAAGCAGUUGCAGCUUGAAGAGAAAAACCCUAGUACAUAUGUUUUAUGUACACUACAAGCGGUACCAACAGCUAAAAAGUCUAAAAAGAACUCACGAAAGGACCUAAAACUGGAAACCAGAGAUGCCAGGUACUUUUUUCAAAUGUCUGCAAUAAUAAUUUUAAAAGUCUGGGAAGAACAAAAAAUGUCAGGAAAGCUAGUGUAACCAAAAGACUUUAUAUUCAAAAAUCUGCAAAUAUCUGCAACAAAACUAAAAAAUCUGCAAAUAUCUGCAACCAAACUAGAAAAUCUGCAAAUAUCUGCGUCAUCGAAAAAAUCUGCAGCUUAAAUUAAAAGUCUGCGAAUUUGCAGACUUGUCUGCAAAUCUGGCAUCUCUGCUGGAAACCCUAGUUAAAUCAUACAAACCAGGUGAUUGGAUUAACUAUUUGACUGGUAUAGCUUUAGUGUUAAUUUCUUCAUAGCAUCAAAUGUAAUAAAAUUUGUAUUUCAUCUUAAUAAAUUAAAUUUUGUCGAUUGACAUUUCGAUGUUUUUCGGGUAUAUAGAAUUCGGGCGAGUGGCAUUCGGGUUUAUGUUGCAUUCGGGCGAAUGUCUUUCGGGUGUUCGUGGCAUUCGGGUGAAUGACAUUCGGGUUUAUGUGACGUUCGGGCAAAUGUCCUUCGGGUAAAUGGCUUUCGGGCGAAUGUCAUUCGGGCGAACGUGACAGAAUCGUUAUUGGAGUGAGAAGGCCGCGAGCCCGACCAAUCUCUUCUAACCUGGCUUGACUAACUCAAAUACUAGCGACUACCAAUACUCAGACCAGAUCAAUUAAUCAAUGUACCACGCAAUCAACCUUCGUCAGCAUCUUCAUGUACAGCUUCCACGAUUGUUCUCUAACCGAAUUGUUUUACCUAUCGUUCCGAUUUGAAGUCACCAACAUCUUCUAAGUUGACAUUCCGGCUUAUUAUUUGGCUCGAUGCACGGUUGUAGAAAACACUCCCAGCUUGCCUGCGUCAUCCCGAACGGAGAGCUUACGUUUAUUACGUUGGCCACAUUGAACAACUUGGCGUGCGUUUAAUUUGGAUUUUCGCGAUGAGCGAACAAAACUUUGCGCCGUUGUUCCUCUUGCUUCGAGGCCAUUUUCGCAACUGAAAAGCAAAUGUCAAAAUCAACCAUGCUACUGGACAAAUACAUCUGUAUAAUGAGACAUGUGAAGAUUUUUAAUACAGAAUGAAAAAAAAAAUGCGCCAAGUUGACAUUUACCAAUUUUUAAUCGUAGCACCCUUUAUUGCCCCUUCUGUUCUGUGACGAAACACUGACAUCACAUGAACAAAACGUAAACCCUAGCCGGUUGUGCAGUAGAAAUACAAAAACAAGAAAUUCUCGACAAACAUAUGAUUACGGCUAAAAAUCUAACUGUCAAAGUUAUCUUUGAAAGGAAAUUACGGACAAACCGUCAUUCUCACAUCACAGAUGUUGGUAGUAAACAAAAGUGAAAAAUUUUCUCUUUCAUUAACUGCUAUUGAGAUAUCUAACGUUUGAUUCAACGUUAAUGUUUUGAUUUUCAUGGCAGUGAUGCUGGCUGUACAGAGACGUCGUCCUUGACAGGGGGCUGUUAUGAACCGUGUUUAGCCCGUUUAGCCAGUAACGGUUUGUCCGGAAUAUUCUUUCAAAGAGAAUUUUAACAGUUGGCUUUUAAGCCGUAAUCAUAUGUUUGUCGAGAAUUGAUUUUAGGGUCAAGCAGAUAAAAAAUACAUACCGUGAAGGAAUACAAGGCUAUCACCAAAACGAUGGAAAUGGUUGAACUGAUCGAAAACAGUACUUGCGAUUUAACAGAAAGUGGUGUCAAUAAUUCUGAUGAACUAAUGGAGUUUUCGUUUUAACAUGUACAUGUGUUUUAACGGUGUAGUGCAAAAAAGAUAGACUGAUUACACCCAAAUUUGAAUGAGUUGAGCGUCAACUAUAGGUCUGUUCCAGUACCAGGAGAAACUGGAAGUACUCCGGAGAAAAUCAUUCCUGUACUCUUCUUCUCUUUUUUCUUCUGGUAGCAAACCGGAGUAAAAAGGAGCAAGAAUUUAUUGCUCCUAUUUACUCCGGAGUGACUUCCGUGUACUGGAACAAACCUUAUAUCGAUGUAGCCAAAUAACAAAAACGCCAUAAUCAACAUAUCUUGAAGCUUUACUUGACGUUACAUUGGUUGUAGUUUCCAUGGAGACGCAUGGAACACGGUUGCUUAUACACUAAACCAAUGCGUCUCCAUAAUACUAGCAAACAGUGAAAAAGCUCUCCGAUAAGGUUCGUUUCCAAGUGACGAAAUAUGACUUUUCUACGGCUCGUGUACGUAAACGCCACAUGACACAAAUACUACAUCACAAGCUGGUGAAAAUAAUAAAGACGGCAAAAGGAAAUGGGAUUGUUUUCAACCAGGAAACUGCAUUAGUAUUCGUGAGACCGGUCGACAAGAACUCAAUAAUUGAGCGUUUUUUCAAAACGUCAUAUCUGCAAUGAGCUACUCUCUUUGUUUACUUUCUCUUCUGUUAAUAAUUCGGUCACUUUAACAUUUGCAUAAUGUGCUAGUUAAAACCACCGUCUUUCGAUCUGUACUGUAAAAUAAGUGAAAAGUGUUAUAGUGACGCCGUAAAAAUCGAAAGAGAAAGUAAACAAAGAUUGCAGAUAUGACGUUUUGAAAAAACGCUCAAGAAUUAGGUUAUAAUAAUGUGUUGCAAGAAUAAGUAAAAGAUGCUGGAAAGUAAUCGAUCCUUCACGGUGCAAAUAAAUAAAACAAUGCAAAAACAAAUUAUCAUUAUGCAGACGCUCAGUUCGCAGUAUGCAAACGACACAAUAGCGUUUACUUUAUUAGACGUAUAUCUCUAAACCCCGAAUAUUAACCAAAUGAUAGAGAGCUGAUAAUUAUUAGUUGUACGUAAUUUAACUUAUAGGAACGAGGCAAUGUAAAGUCAAGAAUAAUCGAAUAAAAUUGCUCCCAUGAAUACUGCUGAUGACAAUUUACCCAGCUCUAGAACAACCGUCAUUUGUAAUACGUGUGAGUCCGUUCAUAACCGUUCACACGGCUCUCAAAUGUAGCUUUUUUUUCUAAGUUAAUUAUAGGUUUAAAAAUAAACUCAACCCGUGUCGGCAUCCUGAAAAAACAAGAAAUAAUAGAAGCAAAAACUAUUCAAGUUAAGUUUCAGUCCAAUCAAUUUCUCAAUUCGAACUAUUACAAGAGCGGUCAAAAACUGAUAAAAAUUGUAUCAAGAAAUUAGAAGACUAAAGCCGUAAAAAUGUCUCGAGUUAAAUGCAGUUGAAAUACACGUAGAGUAGUUUACAUAAUACACGUAAAAUUUAACAAUAAUAAUUGAUUAGCCGUGCAUGCCGAGUAUGUUAAAAACUAAAAACACACACUAGUAGUUUUGAACAAAAAAAACCUACCUUCACGAGGUUUACGGUUGUUUAAUGUAAAACAGAGAAAGCAAGUUUGUAGCAAAAAUAUGUUUAAAAAAAUAUACACAUCGCCAAGUGAAAAACCUUUAACGACGCGUUAACGAA